AUGGCGACGCUGCGAGACCGACAAGUUGCUUCCAUCGAGAAAGUACUCAACCUGAAUGCCGAAAAACCGAAGCAGAAUCCAGAUGAUCCGGCUGGUGGUACCGCUUUUGUCUCGGCUGCCCCUUUGGUAGACGAGGAAGGAGAACCGUUAUGGAAGGUCUUGGUGUUCGAUAAUCUGGGGAGGGAUGUCAUCAGUUCUGUUUUGCGCGUCAAUGAUCUACGGGCAAACGGGGUGACAAUUCAUCUGAAUCUCAAUUCACAGCGACACCCUAUUCCAGACGUCCCAGCGAUCUACAUCGUCGAACCGACAUCCGAAAACAUCAAAUUGAUUACGAAGGACUUACAAGCUAAGCUAUACGAGACCACGUACAUAAACUUCACAUCAUCGAUACCCAGAACCCUACUGGAGGAGUUCGCCGCCAUAACCGCUCAGACACAAACCAGUUCCCAGAUCGCACAGGUUUAUGAUCAGUAUUUGAACUUUGUGGUCUCUGAACCAGAUCUGUUCAGUUUACACCUCAGCGAUGUCUACUAUACGAUGAAUAGUAGCAAAUCUUCGGACACUGUGAUUGAUGCAACGGUGGAUAAGAUUGUUGCAGGGUUAUUCUCAGUCGUUGUUACAAUGGGCGUCAUACCGAUUAUUAGGUGUCCCAAAGGCAAUGCUGCGGAAAUCAUUGCCCAGAAAUUAGAUCGGAAACUCCGCGACCACAUCCUUAAUAACAAGGAAAACCUCUUCACGGCACCUCAGGCAGGCCCUUCAUCGACAUACCCAGCUCACCCCAGCCAAGCAGCCCAGAGACCUGUUCUCAUUAUCCUUGAUCGAAACGUUGACCUUGUUCCCAUGUUGUCACAUUCAUGGACUUAUCAAGCAUUAGUACAUGAUGUUUUGAACAUGAGAUUAAACCGUAUUACUGUUGAGACCGUUGAGGAUGAAGGAAAGACUUCGAAGAAGGCAUAUGAUCUAACGAGUAAUGAUUUCUUCUGGGCAAGAAAUGCCGGCGUACCUUUUCCACAGGUAGCUGAAGACAUCGAUAAUGAGUUAACGAGGUAUAAGGAGGAUGCUGCCGACAUUACACGAAAAACCGGGGCUAAUAGUUUGGAAGAUAUCUCAACUGAUGCAAGCGCAAGCGCACAGCAUCUAAAGGCCGCGAUUACUCUCCUUCCAGAACUGAGAGAACGGAAGGCUUUACUCGACAUGCAUAUGAACAUCGCUACCGCAUUAUUAAAGGGGAUCAAAGACCGCCAGCUGGACAACUUCUUCCAGGCAGAAGAAAGCAUCACAAAACAAACAAAGGCACAAUUACUAGAAGUCAUUAAUGACCCGGAACGAAAGAACCCAGGCGAUAAAUUGCGAUUAUUUGCGAUCUGGUAUUUAAGUUCGGAGCAAGAUGUCACACGAGGGGAUAUGGCAGAGUACGAGGCUGCACUAGCGAAGGCUGGGUGUGAGCUAGAACCCUUAGCAUACUUGAAAAAAGUCCGAGAAAUCACACGGAUGACAAUGAUGACUUCGGCACCCAGCCAGCCCGCACAGUCAAGCGCUAGCGGAGAACUCUUCCGUGGUUUUACUUCAAUAAGUAAUAGACUCACGGAUAAAUUCAGAGAUGGCGCCCUCUCUGGUGGUUUCGAGAAUUUAAUAUCUAAUGUCAAAAAUUUCCUGCCCGUCAAUAAGGACCUUACGAUCACUAAAAUUGUCGAAUCAAUUAUGGACCCAGCAGGCGCUUCGUCUUCGGCUAUAGCCAAAACCGAAGAUUAUCUGUAUUUCGAUCCUAGAUCAAGUUCUGCAAGAUCAGGGAGGGCACCUGGGGCGCCAGCACCCGGAACAGUCGCGACAUUUGGGCAGAGAAGGCAGGGGUUCGCAGACUCUAUCGUCUUUACUGUCGGUGGAGGAAAUAUGGAAGAGUUCGGCAACUUGGUCGAAUGGUCGAAGCGGAACCAAACUCAAGGAGGGGGCGGUGGCCUUGUUGGAGGCGGCGGAGGUUCAAUUGUCAAGAGACGGGUGGUAUACGGAAGCACAGAUCUAAUGAACGCGGAUGCCUUUGUAAAUGGAGAUUUGAAGAGACUUGGUGCAGAAGGUUAA